CAAUUUGAGGUUAUAUAAAAGAAAGAAAUAACGAAAUCGCCGUGUAGAAAUUAGAGUUUCAAGUAAAUAGAAUUAUAAAAUAAAUAAAAUGGCAGAUUUUGAUUCAGUCGGUUCUUCUUCGGGCGACAGUGAGUUGCAGGAAUUUCUUAUGAUUGAAAAACAAAAAGCGCAAGUUAAUGCACAGAUACACGAGUUCAACGAGAUCUGUUGGGACAAAUGCAUAGGCAAACCUGGUUCCAAAUUAGAUAGUGCCACAGAGACAUGUUUAGCCAAUUGUGUGGAUCGUUUCAUUGAUACAUCUUUGCUGAUAACACAACGGUUUGCUCAGAUGCUGCAAAAGAACUCUGGCGGAAUGUAAUGUACACACACACAAACACCUUUACAUAAAGUACAAUACACUAGAUGGAAUUCUUAUAGUCAAAAUACUUCAUCUCUGCAAGUUCAGUAAAUGAUAUUGAAGGCUUUCAUCAUAUUGGCAAAAUAUUUUAUUUAGAUCUGAUGUUUUUGUUAUUUUCUUAGUUGUACGCAAUAAAAACUACUAUAUAAAAGCAGACUAA